AUGCCUAUUGGAUGCAAAGAGAGGCCAACUUUUUUUGAAAUUUUUAAGAUGCGAUGCAACCAAGCAGAUUUAGGACCAAUAAGCAUUAACUGGUUUGAAGAACUUUCUUCAGAAGCUGCACUGUAUAAUUCUGAAAUUACAGAAGAAUCUGAAUAUAAAAUCAGCAGUUAUGAACCAAACCUAUUUAAAACACCACAAAGAAAACCUUAUCAAUUGGCUUCAACACCAGUAAUAUUCCAAGAGCAACGUCUAACUCUGCCACUGUACCAAUCUCCUUUAAAAAAAUUGGAUAUGGACAGAUUAGAUUUAGGAAAGCAUAUUACCGAUAGUAAGCAUAAAAGCUGUUGCACAAGGAAGGCUAAAAUGGAUCAAGCAAAUGAUGUUAGCAACUCACCUCUAAAUUCUUGUCUUAGUGAAAGUUCUGGUGUUCUGCCAUGUACACACAUAACACCACAAAGAGAAAAGUCAGUGGUAUGUGGAAGCUUAUUUCAUACACCAAAGCUUAUGAAGGGUCAGACUCGGAAACAUAUUUCUGAAAGUCUAGGGGCUGAGGUAGAUCCUGAUAUGUCUUGGUCAAGUUCUUUAGCCACACCACCAACCCUUAGUGCUACUGUGCUCAUAGUCAGAGAUGAAGGAGCACCUGCAGCUGUAUUUCCUAACACUACUACCGCUAUUUUAAAAAGCAGUUUUUCUGACCAUGAUGAAAAUCUGAGGAAAAAUGAUAUGAUUAUUCCUUCCGGACCAGGCAAUGAAAUAAAAAAUCAAAUAGAAGCUAAAAGUCAUGGAUUGGGGAAUUCAUUUGGUAAAGUAAGUAGCUGCAAAGAUCAUUUUGGAAGGUCAGUGCCAAAUGUCUUAGAAGAUGAAGUACAUGAAAAGGUUGGAGAUAUUUCUGAAGAAGAUAGUUUUUCAUUAUGUGUUUCUAAAUAUAAAAAAAGAAAUGUACAAAAAAUAAAAACUGGCAAGACUAGAAAAAAUAUUUUCAAUGAAACAAAAAUCAGUGAAUGUGAAGAAACUAAAAAGCAAAUAAAAGAGCGUAAACGUUCAUUUUUAUCUGAAAUGGAAAUAUAUGGCUAUAAUCCAAUAGAUUCGAAAAUAAUAAGUCAGAAGCCCUUUGGGAAUGGAAGUGACAGAAUCUCUGAGGACACUGUCCAGUCUCCAGCCUCUGAAUGGUCUCAGCUAACUCUCUCAGGUCUAAAUGGAACCCAGAUGGGGAAAAUACCCCUGCUGUAUAUUUCUUCUCGUCACCAAAAUGAUUCUGAAAAAGAACUCAUAGGCACAGAGAAAGAAUGUACCAGCUUUGUUACUUUAGAAGAUUCUUUGCCACAUAUAUCAAGUAUACCAAAGACAGAGAAGAUGCUAAAGGAGGAAAUAGUAGUGAAUAAGAGAGAUGAAGGGCAGUGUCUUGAACCACAUGAAGAGUACACUUUUGUGGUAAAGAACAGAGUGUCUGAAACUUCCCUAAUAGCUUCUCCUCAUUGGAGUAUCAAAAAGUCUCUAUUCACGAUGAGAGAAUCACCUGAAGGGACACCCGGUCCAGUUUUCUCAAAUAAUAUGACUGAUCCAAACUUUAAAGAAGAACCUGAAGCUUCUGAAAGUGGAUUGGAAAUAUGUACUAUUUUCUCCCAGAAAGAGAGUUCUUUAAGUACAAGUUCAGUUGAUAAUGGAAGCUGUCCAGUCACUAUCAAACAUACAUCUGUAGCUUUGAAGAAGACAAAUUUAAUAUCCACUUUGAGAAAGAAAACUAAAAAGUUUGUUUAUGCUAUAAAUGAUGAAACAUCUUAUCAAAGAUUAAAAAUGCAGAAAGAUCAAGAAUCAAGACAAAGUAACUAUUCUGCCCAGUUUGAAGCAAACACUUUUGAAGCACCAUCUGUAGUUACAAAUGCUGAUUCAGGUUUAUUGCAUUCUGUGGAAAAAAGCUGUUUACGGAAUGAUUCUGAAGAACCAAGUUUGUCUUUAACCAGCUCUUUUGGGACAAUUCUGAGAAAAUGUUCUAAUAGUGAAAGCAGUUCCUCUAAUAAAAUAUCACAGGAUCUUGAUUUUAAAGAAUCAAAAAUUAACGAACAAAAACUGCAGUCAUUUAUUACCACCGAAACUGAUUAUCUGUCAUGUUUGCAGGGAAAAUAUUGUGAAGAGGAUCCAGGACACCAAAGAGUUUCAAACAUAAAAGAAAAGGUCUUACCUGCAGUAUGUCACCCUGUAGUGUCACAUUCAGAAAUAGAAUAUAGUGGUAUUCACUUUCAAUCCCAGGAAAGCAUUUUAUAUGGCCUUGAAAAUACCAGCAUUUUAACUCCUGAUUCCAGAGAUCCUCCAUCAAACCCAGUUGUGAUUUUCAGGGAAAAAGAAUCAUAUAAAAUGACAGAGAAAGUAAAAUGUAAGAAUGGUGAAGCUGGUUUUGAUUUAAACAAAAAUAUUCCCAUGGAAGAGAAUCAAGAAAUAUUCAUUUUAAAUGAAAAUUCUAAAAAAACUGAGCUGUUGUCACUUGAAAAAUACACAAUAGCAUCACCUCCUAUGAAGGUACAACUCAACCAAAAUACAGAUCUAGUAACCCAAAAAGAUGAAGAAAAGACUGCUUUAAUUUCAAAAAUAACUAUCAAUUCAAACUCUGAAGAAAUUUUCCAAGACAAUGAGAAAGAUUUUGUCUUUGAAAUAACUAAUGAAUGGAAUAUUCCUGUUUUAGAAAAUACUGAGAAACUUCAAGAGGCAGACCUCAAUUGUGUCAGAGAACCUGUUCUGAAGAACUCUACCAAUGUAGUAGAUAUAGGCACAGAUGACAAACAAGCAGCAGAAGUGUCAAUUAUAAAAGAUUUUGAUUCACCAAAUAUAGUCCACGAUCUUACAGAGAAUAACAGAAAGAAUGUGACUCGGCAAAUGACUCUAGAUAAAGAUUCAAAAUCAGACAUGUCCUUGGUUAUAGAUGAAAAAUCAAACCAAAAUGAUAAUUACAUAGACAAAUUGGCGGGACUCUCAGAUGCGAUUUUAAAUCACAAUUUUGGAAAUGGCUUCAGAACAGCUUCUAAUAAAGAUAUAAAACCCUCUGAACAUAACAUUAAGAGAAGUAAAGUGUUCUUCAAAGAUAUUGAAGAACAUUUUUCUACUAGCUUAGCUUGCAUUGAAAUUCUUAAUGCCUCAUCAUUAGAAAAUCAAAAGAAACUGAGCAAACCUCAUGCACUUGAUUCACAGUCAACUGAUAAUAUAUCUGGAUGUGUGCAGAGUAGUACAUUUGCUUCUGAUAGUGAAAAUAGUCACACAACUCCUCCAACUUUAUCUUUGAAGCAAGAUUUUAAUUCAAACCAUAACUUAACACCUAGCCAAAGGGCAGAAAUCACAGAACUUUCUACUAUAUUGGAAGAAUCUGGAAGUCAGUUUGAAUUUACACAGUUUCGGAAACCAAGCCACAUUAUACAGAAUAAUCCACUUGAAAUUCCCAAAAACCACAUGCCUGUCUUGCAUACCUCUUCUGAUGAAUGGAAAAAUGUUGAUUUUCAUCUCACAACUAAUCCCCUAUUCAUCAGUCAGGUGGAUAGCAACAGGAAGUUUGAAGAUAAGCGUAAGUUUGCUUGCUCAUUGGAAACCAAAUGUAACCAAAGUGCUUCUAGGUAUUUAACAGAUGAAAAUGAAGUGGAGUUUAGAGGCUUUUAUUCUGCUCGUGGAACAAAACUGAAUGUUUCUAGUGAAGCACUGCAAAGAGCUGUGAGGCUAUUCAGUGACAUUGGGAAUAUUAGCGAGGAGUCUUCUGCAGAAGUAGAUCCAAGAAGUUUCUCCUCAGGUCAGUGUAAUCAUUCUGUUGUUUCAAUGUUUAAGACAGAAAAUUAUAACAAUGGUAAAAAUUUUAAUGAAACAAAUAAUAAAAGCCAACUAAUACAACAAAAUAAUAUUGAGGUGAUUGCUGGCAUUUUUGUUGAAGAAAAUUCUGGAGAUCAGAAGAAAUACAUAGAAAGUGAAGAUAACAAAUGUACUGGUGCCAGUAGAAAUUCUUGGAACUUAGGAGAAUCUGAUGGCAGUGAUUCAAGUAAAAAUGAUACAGUUUGUGUUCAUAAAGAUGAAAAUGGCUUGCCAUGUAUUGAUGAACAUAACAUACAUCUGAAAUCAUCUGGCCAGUUUAUGAAGUGGGGAAACACUGAAGUCAAAGAAGGUGUGUCAGAUUUAACUUGUUUGGAAGUUGUGAAAGCUGAAGAAACAUUUCAUGUUCAUACGUCAAAUAAAAACCAGUUAAUUGCUAGUAAGAUGGAACAAAACAUAAAAGAUUUUGACAUUUUUGAUAUAUCCUUUCAGACUGCAAGUGGGAAAAAUAUCAGCAUGUCCAGAGAUUCAUUAAAUAAAGCUGUAAAUUUAUUUGAUCAAAAAUAUGCAGAAGAUGAAUUGAAAAGCUUUUCAGAUGCCUUGAAUUCUGAGUUACUUUCUGGAAUAAAUGUCAACAAAUUAGAUAUGUCAGGUUAUGCAGAAACAGAUAUGGUUAAAGACAAAACAUUGAAAGAAAGUGACUCAGUUGGUAGUGAAAAUCAAUUACUGACUCUCCAACCAGGACUAGAAUGUGAAACCAAAAAGAUCAAAGAACCUACCAUGUUGGGUUUUCAUACAGCUAGUGGGAAAAAGGUAAAAAUUGCAAAGGAAUCUCUGGACAAAGUGAAAAAUCUUUUUGAUGAAAAAAAGCAAGGUAAAAAUAGUGAAACCAUUAAUUUUAGCCACGGAGAGGCAAAGAUACUAAAGGACAGAGAGCAAUGUGAAGAAGGACUUGAAUUAGCAUGUGAGACCUUUGAAAUAACUGACCCAAAGUAUGAAGAAAUGCAGAAUUCUCUAAAGGAGAAAAAACUUGUUUCUAAUGAGUUUCUUAUGCCAUCCAGGCUCUUAGGUGAUAAUUUAUACCGACAAACUGAAAAUUUCAAAAUGUCAAAUAGUAUCACUCUGAAAAAUGGAAACGUAGAAAAAGAAAAAGCAAAGAGUCCUACAACUUGUUAUACAAAUCAACCCACUUGCUUAGCCAUUGAAAAUUCGGCUAUACCAGUUUACACAGGACAUGGUAGAAAACUUUCUGUGAGAAAGGUUUCACUAGUUGAAACCAAAAAAUGGCUUAGAGAAGGGAAAUUGGAUGAUCAACCAGAAAAAAUAAAUACUUUGAAGGUUGUAUGUUUAAAAGACUAUCCUGAGGAUUAUGUAGAAAAUCCCUCAUGUGGAAAUCACUCAAACAGUACCAUAACUGAAAAUGACAAAAAUCAUCUCUCUGAAAAACAAGAUUCAACUUAUUUAAGUGACAGUAGCAUGUCUAACAGCUAUUCAGACCACUCUUUUUGUCAUUCCAAUGAGGUAUAUAAUAAAUCAAAAUCUCUCUCAAAAAAUAAAAUGGAUAAUUCUGGUAUUGAGCCAAUAGUAAAGAAUUUCAAAGAUGGAAAAAAUACUCAUUUUUCUGAAGUAAUAUCCACCAUAAGAGAAGUAAAUGCAUGCCUACAAACUGUAAAUGAAGAUACUUGUGUUCAGAAAUUUGUGACUGACUCUUCACCAUACAAAAAUAAAAACACAGCAAGUGGUCAAAUGGUCUUUGUUUCACAUGGACCAAAAAUCAGAGAGAGAUUUGCAGACAGCUGCACUAAGGUAAUUAGGAAAAACACUGAGAGUAAAUCAGGCACUGACCACACAAAAACUAUGGCAGGUUAUUGUGACAUGGUGUGUGACUUGGAGGAUUUCAUUUUUCCUAACUCUCUAGAUAGUAAAGAGCAUAGCAUGCAUUCAUGUAAGGUUUUUGCUGACAUUAGUGAACAAAUUCAUAGCCAAGGUGUGUCUGGAUCAGAGACAGUUUCUGAAAUGUUACCUUGUCAGAUUAAUUUGAAAACUUCUGAUACAUGUAAAUUUGAUACAGCCUCCUCUAAUGUUUGUGGGAUUUUUAGCACAGCAAGCGGGAAAUGUGUACAAGUUUCAGAUGCUGUCUUACAGAAGACCAGACGGAUCUCAUCUAAGCUAGAAGAGAGUGCUGAGCAGCUUUUUUCCAAAGUAUCAUUUGAACCUAAUGAGCAUUCAGACAAGGUCACAAGAGAAGGUACUAUGAUACAUACCCCCCAAAAUUUACUAUCAUCUCCUUUCUCUGGAUUUAGUACAGCAAGUGGAAAAUAUGUUCCAGUUUCUGAAAGUGCCUUAAACAAAGUUAAGGGAAUGUUAGAGGACUUUGAUUCACUCAGAACUGAAUUUGGUCUUUGCCAGUCACCUACAAUUGGACAAGAUGUGUCAAAACUACUUCCUCUCUCCUGUAUUGACAAGAGAACCCCAGAACACUUUGCAAACUAUAAAAUGGAAAAAGUCUGCAGUAAAUUAUCAAAUAACUGUAACAUUGGAAGUGGUUCUUCAGAAAAUACUCACUCUUUUGAAGCUUCUCCAUGUCUGUCUCAGUUUAAGCAGGACAAAGAACCCUUGGUUUUAGAAAGCAAAGCAUUGCUUGUUGAAAACAAUAAUCAUCUAUUGAGAAAAGAACAAGCUUUACCUAAAAAUAUAAAAAUGGAAAUUGGGAAGCCUAAAACUUCCUCUAAUCUUCCCAUGACAACAAAUAGAGAAAUUUGUUCUACCUAUUCCAAAAAUCCAGAAAACUAUUUUGAAACAGAAGCAGUGGAGAUUGCCAAAGCUUUUAUGGAAGAUGGUGAGCUAACAGAUUCAGAACUGCUAAGUCAUCCCAAACCCUUUCUUCUCACCUGCCAAAACAAGGAAACGGCUUUGUUAAAUUCAAGAAUUGGAAAAAGAAGAGCAGAUGCCCUUGUGAUUGGAGAACCCCCAAUCAAAAGAAACUUGUUAAAUGAAUUUGACAGGAUAAUAGAAAAUCAAGAAAAAUCCUUAAAGGCUUCAAAAAGCACUCCAGAAGGCACAAUAAAAGAUAGAAGAUUGUUUAUGCAUCACAUUUCUUUAGAGCCAAUUACCUGUGGACCCUUUUGCACAAAUAAGGAAAGGCAGAAAAUACAGACUCCAAAUUUUACUGAACCAGGUCAAGAAUUUCUAUCCAAAUCUCAUUUUUAUGAACAACUGACUUUGGAAAAAUCUUCAAGCAAUUUAUCAGUUUUGGGGCAGCCAUCUUGUAAGGUUUCUGCCACAAGAAAUAAAAAAAGGAGACACUCAAUGACUACAGGCAAACUGACGAGAGUCUUUGUCCCACCUUUUAAAGCUAAAUCACAUUCUUACAGAGAUGAUCAGUGUCUUGGCAGCAAUACUAAUUUGGAGGAAAAGAAACAAAAACCAAGCAACGUAGUUGAACAUGGCUCUGGUGGUAGUAAAAAUAAUAUUAUUGACAGUGAAAUUCAUCAGUCUAACAAAGAUAACUCCAAUCAAGUAGCCACUAUACUCUCAACAAAGUAUGAAGAAAAACCUUUAGAUUUAACUGCAAAUCUUCAGAAUGCCAGAGAUAUACAGAAUAUGCGGAUUAAAAAGAAACAUGAGCAACGUAUUUUUCCACAGCCAGGAAGUCUGUAUCUUGCUAAAACAUCCACUAUGCCAAGAAUCUCUCUCAAAGCAGCAGUAGAAGGCCAGGUUCCUUCUGCAUGUUCCCAUAAACAGCUAUAUAUGUAUGGCAUCUCUAAACAUUGCAUAAAAAUUAACAGCAAAAAUGCAGAGUCUUUCCAGUUUCACACUCAGGAUUAUUUUGGUAAUGAAGAGGCUGGAAAGGGAGCACAGUUGGCUGAUGGUGGAUGGCUCAUACCCUCCAAUGAUGGGAAGGCUGGAAAAGAAGAAUUUUAUAGGGCUCUGUGUGACACCCCAGGUGUGGAUCCAAAGCUUAUUUCUAGAGGUUGGGUCUUUAAUCACUAUAGAUGGAUUGUAUGGAAACUGGCAGCUAUGGAAUUUGCUUUUCCUAAGCAAUUUGCUACUAGAUGCUUAAACCCAGAAAGGGUGCUUCUUCAGCUAAAAUACAGAUAUGAUAUGGAAAUUGAUAGAAGUCAAAGAUCAGCUAUAAAAAAGAUAAUGGAAAGGGAUGACACAGCUGCAAAAACACUUGUUCUCUGUGUUUCUGAAAUACUUUUACCAAGCUCAAGUUUACCUGAAACUUUUAGCGAUAAAAUGAGUGGUGUGGAUACCAGCAAAGCGGCUAUUGUGGAACUGACAGAUGGAUGGUAUGCUGUCAAGGCCCAGCUGGACCCUCCCCUGUUGGCUCUCGUACAGAAGGGUAGAUUGGCUGUUGGUCAGAAGAUCAUCACCCACGGAGCAGAACUGGUAGGCUAUCCUGAUGCCUGCUCGCCUCUUGAAGCCCCAGAAUCUCUUAUAUUAAAGAUUUCUGCUAACAGUACCCGACCUGCUCGCUGGUAUGCCAAACUUGGAUUUUCUCCAGACCCUAGACCUUUUCCUCUGCCCUUGUCAUCACUUUUCAGUGAUGGGGGAAAUGUUGGUUGUGUUGAUGUAGUUAUUCAAAGAGUAUACCCUAUGCAGUGGAUGGAGAAGACAUCGUCUGGAUUAUACAUAUUUCGCAAUGAAAGAGAAGAAGAAAAGGAAGCAGCAAAAUAUGUGGAGGUCCAACAAAGGAAACUAGAAGGCUUAUUCACUAAAAUUCAAGCACAAUUUGAAGAGCAUGAAGACAAUAUACCAAAACAAUGUGCACCAUCAUGCGCACUAACCAGACAGCAAGUCUGUGCUCUGCAGGAUGGUGCAGAGCUCUAUGAAGCAGUAAGGACCGCGCCAGAUCCCUCUUACCUUGAGGCUUAUUUUAGUGAAGAGCAGUUAAGAGCCUUGAAUAAUCAUAGACAGAUGUUGAAUGACAAGAAGCAAGCACAGAUCCAGUUGGAAUUCCAGAAGGCUAUAGAGUCUGCUGAGAAAGGGGAGCAAAUGUUAUCAAGGGAUGUUACAACUGUGUGGAAGCUGCGUAUCAUAAGCUAUGAGAAAAAAGAAAAAGAUUCAGUUAUGUUAAGUAUCUGGCGUCCUCCAUCGGAUUUAUAUUCCCUGCUAACAGAGGGAAAGAGAUACAGAAUCUAUCAUCUUGCAACAUCAAGAUCUAAAAAUAAAUCUGGGAGAGCUACAGUACAGUUAACAGUAACUAAAAACACUCAGUUUCAACAAAUACAGGCUUCAGAUGAAAUACUGUUCCAAGUUUAUCAGCCACGGGAGCCUGUUCUCUUCAAACAGCUAUUGAAUCCAGACUUCCAGCCACAUUGUUCUGAGGUGGACCUAAUAGGAUUGGUAGUUUCUGUUGUGAAAAAAAUAGGUCUUGCUCCUUCGGCGUAUUUGUCAGAUGAAUGCCAUAACUUACUAGCAAUCAAAUUUUGGAUAGAUCUUAAUGAAGACAUCAUUAAACCUCGCAUGUUAAUUGCUGCGAGCAACCUGCAAUGGCGACCAGAACCCAAAUCAGGAAUUCCUACUUUAUUUGCUGGAAAUUUUUCCACAUUUUCUACCAGUCCAAAGGAGAGCCAUUUUCAAGCAGUGUUCCACAAAAUGAAAGAUACUAUUGAGAAUAUUGAUACAUUUUGCAAUGCUGCAGAAAACAAGCUUAUGCAUAUACUUAAUGCAAAUGAUCCCAAGUGGUCCACUCCAACUAAAGAAUGUACUUCAGACCCACACACUGUUCAAACAGUCCUUGGUGCAGGAAGUAAGUUUCUGAUGUCUUCACUCAGUAGUGAGAUGAACUAUCAAAGUCCUUUAUCACUUUGUAAGCCAAAAGGGAAGUCUGUUCCCACACCUGUAUCGGCCAAAAUGACCGCAAAGUCUUGUAAAGGGGAGAAAGCGGUUGAUGACCCAAAAAACUGCAAGAAGAGACAAGCCUUGGAUUUCUUGAGUAGACUACCUUUACCUCCACCUGUUAGUCCCAUUUGUACAUUUGUUUCUCCAGCUGCACAGAAGGCAUUUCAGCCGCCACGGAGUUGUGGCACCAAAUAUGAAACACCUAUAAAGAAAAAAGAAUUGAGUUCUCUUCAGAUAACUCCACUUAAAAAAUUUAAUGACAUCUCUUUUUUGGAAAUUGAUUCAAUAUCCGACCAAGAACUUGCAUUGAUAAAUACCCAGGCCCUCUUGUCUGGUUCAGCAGGAGAAAACCAAAUUGUGUCUAUGGAUGAGUCCACUAGGACUCCACCCACCUGUUCAAGAGACUAUCUCGAACUGAAAAGGCACCAUUGUACCUCUACGAUCAGAGAACAGGAGAAUUCCCACGUCAGUACCAGGGAAAUGGAAGACUCCGAGCAGGACACAAGUACAAUAUAA